UAGUGCCAGAGUGCCAAAACUUGGAUGUGGAGGCGAAGCAUAGAUUUUUAAUCAUGGACUCGGAAUGCGGGGAAAGUGCUUCCCAUUUCGUUAAAGAAGAAUUAGACAUUGAAGAUGUUGAUUUCUCGGAGGAACCUUCGGAUAGAGAGGAGGAUCUUAAUCUUCCUGAAGCUACUGAUUUAAGGUGUGGUGAAGUUUACUUAGGCUGCAAUGGGAGCUUCACGUUUGUUUGUUCAAUCUGUGCGAAUUGUUUUCCGAAUUCAGAGCUUUUUCAAGCCCAUGUACAGGACGCCCACUUUCAACUAAACACCGAAAAUAUAUACGAUGACCCUGGGGAUGCUGUUGCUGAAUGCAAUGACCAGGAUACCUUGAGCAAUUCACCGUCGGUGGGAGGACCUUUCACAGAACAGAUAUUACUUGGCAAAGCAUCCAUAAAAAAAGAAAGGGAUGAGGAAGAUAUGUUGGAUGGUUCGGAAAUUGCAGAUAAAAGCGUGGAAGGGGGUGUUGAAGCCACCAAUCAAAAGCCACAAACAUCAGAUGAAACGAAUAUGUUCAUCUCCUGCAGAUUCUGUAGAAAGUCAUACGACAAAUAUAAGAGUUACGUUGAACACGCCAGGGUAGCCCAUGGUAUUAUAACCAGACGCAUGAGAACCAGACUGAUACUGCAAGCACAAAAGGCCGCUAUUAAAUCGAAGUUAUCUAAAGGAAAAAGAUUCAGAUGUAUACUUUGUACUCGCUCCUUUACGUACAGGAGAAUGCUACGCUACCACGUCGAGAACGAACAUGGCGAUGAAGCGUUAAAGCUCCAUCCUGAACUGAACACUUUAGAAGACUUGAAUCCAAAUGAAGAGGAGGAAGAUGACGAAAGUUCACCAUUCGAUUCAGAGAAAAACCACGAUUGUAAUCUAUGUGGCCGCAGAUUUAGACAUAAAAGAUCCCUGCAGACGCAUAUCCAGACGUACCACGAAAAAGAGGCAACGUGUUCGCCACAAAAUGAAACCAAAGUACAAGAAAACCUACAGCCAAACACAGUCGAAAGAAAGGAAAGAAAGAUAAAAAGAAAGUUCUAUUGUAGACUUUGUACACGCUCGUUUAAGUACAGAAGAUCGUUUCACUCCCAUGUUGAAACCGAGCAUGCUGAUGAGGCGGAAAAGCUAAUCUCUGAAUCGAACCUUAUAGGCUCGAGUGCCGAGGAAGAUAGCGAAGGUUCCUCCUCUGAUCCAGAUGAAAUCUAUCCCUGCAAGCUAUGUGAUCGCAUUUAUAAGCUUAAAGGAUCCCUGCGUAUCCAUGUGAGGAAAUACCACGGCGAAUCGAUAAUGCCUAGAUUAAGGAAAUUUUACUGUAAUGUCUGUAAUCGUUCGUAUAAGCACACUAGAUCGUUAUUCUCGCACGUCGGGGCAAGCCAUGGUGCUGAGGCGUUAAAACUCAUCUCUCAAUCAUACCCUGAAGAGGAUUUGAAGGCAAAUGACUCAUCUAACGAGGACGACAGUGACACUUAUUCGAUUGAAUCAGAGAAAAACUACACUUGCCCGAUAUGUGACCACAAGUUUGGUUAUCAAAGAUCUAUGGAAGCCCAUAUUAAGAAGUACCACGGGGAACAGGCGCUAUGUCCGCCACAAAAUGAAACCGACAAGCAAGAAACCCAAAAGGAAAAUCCCAACGAAAAUAAAAACGCUGAUCCGGUCAUGAUUGUGAAAAGAAAAUUCUACUGUAAACUUUGUAACCGUUCGUAUAAGCACCGUAGAUCGUUUCUCUCCCACGUCGGAGUCGACCAUGGUCCUGAGGCAUUAAGCGAGUUGAAAGCAGAUGAAUCAGAUGACGAAAACGAGGAUGAAAGUUCAUUGCUUGAACCAAGGAAAAAUUACGCGUGCAAACUAUGUGAUCGCCAUUAUAGACAUAGCAGAUCCUUACGCGUCCAUAUCAAGAGGCACCACGGCGAAGAAGCACUAAGUCCGCGACAAAUCAGAAGAUUUUGUAAGUAUUGCUCCGAAACCUUUGACAGUCUGGAGACUCUGCAAGCUCAUACUAAAAGCAUCCAUCCUAGGGGUAGUGAUAGAAAAAUUGUACAAGUCAAAUUCAAUGCCCCCCAGAAAAAGGAAAUUGGGCCGCAAGUAGGCAAACCCCCUUAUAAAUGCACGUACUGUUCAAAAGAGUUUCCAGAAUUGCCAAAACUCGCUAUACACAUUCGCACGCAUCUCUAGACUAAAAAUCACCAGAAAGAACUUUCUGUGGCCGCCAAUUUGUGGAGGAGUGCGGCAAGCAAUAUGCAGCUCGAUGAUCGCAGUGAAACGGCACAAGGACAUUGAGAGUUUCAAAUGUGGCGUUUGCAGAGAUCUUGCAAAGAUACUCUAAGGAUCAUAAAUUGAAUGACCCUUCAGUUGUGAUAUUGACUGUCGACGCUUUCUAAGGCGUAGGCCGCGACAAAUCCUAUUCCGAUCUUAAGUAAUAUCCUUGUAACGUUGGCGGUAAGGCAUUCAAUGUCCUGGACUUUACUCACACUGGAAACCUCAUAAAUAAUAAAAUAAUUUUAUUUAUUGUAAAAAUCUUCUCAUGACUAGGCAAUAUAUGAUACAAAGGUUCAUUUUAGUCAAUAAACAUU